ACAUCGAUGGCACACAUCGAAGAUAACGAAGGGCUCAGAUUGUAACUCACACUCGGAGAGCAGGCUGUGUACAACGAGUGUUUUAUUCACGAGUGUAUGUCGUAGAAGAGCGUGUAGCGAGAGCCAUGCUAUGGAAUAGAACCGCGAGAUCCGCGUUCUCAUCAAGCGUCAGCUGGUCCGAAUGCUGCUGCAGUAUCGGCAGGAAAGCCGGAUCGACGAUGACCGCGUGUCGGAUAGCUCGUCUCAAGAAUUCUCGGGAUUACGCGUUCGGACUACUGUCCCAAAAAUUAGCACCCCAAAGCCCUCCAAAUUCGCGUUCGAUCAGCACGACAUUCGCAAAAUUGUUCGCUCGGCAUGGAUCCGCAGUGCACGUUAACGGACGUAAAAUAUCGCGGGAAAGAAUGCGCGAAAAUUACGCCAAGAUGAAGGAAAAAUGCCAAUCCAAGAAAUUGCCACAGGAUGUCGACCCGAAGGGCGUUUUUGCUUGCAACGAGCUCGAUCUCAAGGAAGUUCAGGUCUACGGCUUCGAUUACGAUUACACGUUGGCCUGUUACAAACCAUCCUUGGAUUUUCUCCUUUACAAUCUCGGGCGUGACAUGCUCAUAAAAAAAUACAAGUAUCCCGAAGGAAUAGGAAAACUCGAAUACCGGCCAGACUUCGCUGUUCGUGGUCUGCACUACGAUAUCGAAAAAGGACUUCUCCUGAAGCUCGACACAUUUUUACAAAUUCAACUCGGAGCCGUUUAUCGCGGUCUUCAUCCAGUACCGGACGACGAAGUACUCAGAAUCUACAAAAAUCGCAUUAUACCAUUCGCGUACGUCGAGCCACAGCACAAAAAUUCACACCAGAAGGAUGGACCUCACCGCACGAAAAUGGUCCAACUCGCCGAUCUCUUCUCGGUACCAGAAAUGGGACUUUUGUGCAACGUAACCGAAUACUUUUUGCGCAAUCACAUUGAUUAUCAUCCGGAGAUACUCUUCAGAGAUGUGAAGAAUUCCGUCCAAAGCUGUCAUCCAAUAAUGCAUCAGAUGGUGGUCAACAACGUCUCGGAAUAUUUGGAAUUGAACAAAGAUUUGACGAAAUUCUUUGAUCGCCUAAAAUCCAUCGACAAGAAGUUGUUCCUCGUCACGAACAGCCCAUUCCAUUUCGUGGACAAAGGAAUGAAAUACCUCGUGGGCGAAGAUUGGAGAGAUUACUUCGAUGUCGUUAUCGUACAGGCGAGGAAGCCAAAAUUCUUCACCGACGAAACAAGGCCUUUGAGAAUUUACGACGUGGCUACAAAAACGCAGCUUUGGGAUCGUGUUACGAAGCUCGAAAAGGGCGUAAUUUAUCAAGAGGGCACUGUAAAACAGCUCCAGGACAUGACAGGCUGGAGAGGACAUCAAGUUCUCUACUUCGGUGAUCAUCCUUACAGUGAUUUAGCUGACGUCACGUUGGAGCAUGGUUGGAGGACUGGCGCCAUAAUCAAAGAAUUGACGCACGAAAUAGCGAAUUUAAACGAUCGAAGAUUCAAGGAGAAUGCAAAUUGGCUGCAAAUGUUGACGACGCUUAUCGAGGAUCACCAAGAUUACGAGGGUGCCGAAGUGCAAAGUCAACUUGACGAAUGGAUGGAAGAGAGGGACAAACUACGAAACGAAAUAAAACGCGUUUUCAACCAACAAUUUGGUUCGGUGUUCCGAACGUAUCACAAUCCUUCGUACUUCUCGAGACGCCUCUUUCGCUUUGCUGACAUUUACAUGAGCUCGAUCACGAAUCUUCUCGGUUAUUCGACUUCUCACACUUUUUAUCCGAGACGAGGAGUAAUGCCUCACGAGUAUAUAAGUUACUUUAUGUAAAUACAACACUGGAAAAAGGUUUUUUUGAUCCUUAUCAAGUGUUGAGAGCGUCGCAAACCGAAGUAGAGACACGGAAUCCAAACUUUUGAUGUUUUUUUACCACCAAAAAGAGAUUUGCCACAACAGUUUCAUUUCCAAAUGGAAAUUGUUUCAUUUGGAAGUUUCAGGAAACUCAACUUGUUUCACUCAUAUUACAAAAGUAUUCGACUCUUUCGACUAAAUUUCUUUUUUGUUACCAGAGGAAAAUAAAGUCAGAACAUCAUCUGCCACCUUUUUCCCACGCAAAUGGAGCGUGAAAUUGAUUGAACAAAAAGAUUUUCUCUAUGGGAAAAUGUAGAUAGAAAAUGUAGAUGUCGGAAAUCUGAUUUUCGUCAAAAACGAGAAAACCCUUGUAAAUAGAUGUCAAGUCGUCGAAGAAAAAUCGUUGCGAGUAUAAAAAGCAUCGAUUGUGCGCAUGAUUGAUUCGAUUUGGAAGGACCGAGGUGGGCAAUGCGAGGGAUGCUUUUUUUCGGACGAUGUGUCCAAAAAAUAGUCUAGAAGUACAAACGUCUAAACUUGUUGACGACAAACGAGAUUAUUAAAUAUAAUUAAUAGGAGGAAAAUGUAAACGGAUGUAUCGAGUUGAUACGAAGGCGUGAUUCAAAGCAACCCAGCAACUGUCAUUUACGAAAAUUCCGUUCGUAAAAUGCGAUUCGAUGAAAUUUAUCUCAUCAGUUGGAUCUGAUAUAAAGAAACGUUCAAUCCUGGUCUCGCUUACUUCAGAAAUAAGUAGAAAUUGCUUUUAACCCGCCUCAAGUGCCAUUUUGACGAGACCCAGGUUCAAAACAUUUUCGCAUUGACAUCCGAAAAUAAAAGUUUCAUUUUCGACUUCUUCCAUGGAGUAAAACGAAUUGUUUUUUGGAAUUGAGCAAAGUGAGUGUUAACUCGCUUAGCAAAGAAGUAGUAUCGACGUGCUUAUAGAUACAAAAGUGUUCAUUAGGUUCUAGCCUCGGCGCCACAAACGUGUAUUUUCAUUUUUUUUUCUUCCAAUGCGGCGAUCGAUAAAAUAGCUUGCUGUUCAAUUGUUUAGAGCCAUGUCGAAUGUUGAGGUGAUGAAAUAAAUUGUUUUUUUUU